AUGUCUGGCUUGCACAACGGGCGGUAUCUCGUAUCAGAACAAGACAAGGAGCACUUCAAACAAAAAGGAUACGUCCACUUGAAGGCUGUGAUACAGGAAGAGGAGCUCCAGGACAUCAUACAGCCUGUCUAUGAAGCAUUCCUGAGGGGUGAAAUCCCAGUGAGCGGCAGCGAUCUCUGUGACAUGUCUGGAGCCAAAGGCAGAACCCCAUAUGAGUUCACUGUUUACAACGUGAUGAAACCCAGAACAUACUACAAGGAAUGGCAAGGCAACCUCUACGAGAAGCGCUGCAAGGACAUUGCCGAUCAGCUGCAAAGCACCAAUGACAUGGAGCCGGACUAUGAUCAGAUCCUGGCCAAACGCCCGCACUCCCCAGACGCUAUCUUUGCCUGGCACCAGGACAUGGCAUAUUGGCCGCCCACGGCAGAGACAGCCACGGCCACCUGCUGGCUGGCGAUCUCAGACGCCACCAUAGAAAACGGCUGCAUGCGCUUCGUUCCAGGAUCGCACCUCGAGCCCCAGAUCCGGCCCCAUGCGCCAGUGGGGGCGUCCCGAGAGGAGUCGCAUGCGCUGCACACAGUGCUGAGGGAGGAGGACAUAGUGGAGCAUGCACCCAUUUCCAGGGGGGACAUCACCGUGCACAACGAGAGCGUCAUCCACGGCAGCGGCCCAAACCUGUCAGACGGAUGGCGCCACGCGUACGUGCUCGCGUUCCGCCGGGCGAGCGCCAUCCGCGAGGAGCGCGCGAUGGGCUUCACGCACUCCCACAACGACGAGACCAACUGGGAUGUGUUCAGGCAGCACCAGCGCGCUUAG